CUUGCCGGUUCUUGACUAAUGGGAGCCUUCCGUCGCCGCCGCCGCCGCUUUCUUUUAGCUUCACUCGCCGCAUUUGCUCUCCUCCACCUCUUCUCCACCUCCUCCGUAGUCCCCGCCGAUGGUAGAUGGAUUGGUCAGAGAACCGGGUCUGAUUUACCGGGUGGGUUCGUGGAGAAUAAUAAGCGGUUUGGUGGUCCGGGUUCAUCACCACCGACGUGUAGAUCGAAGUGUGGGAAAUGUCAGCCGUGUAAACCGGUUCACGUACCGAUUCAACCCGGUUUAAGUAUGCCAUUGGAGUAUUACCCUGAAGCUUGGCGGUGCAAGUGUGGCAGCAAGCUCUUCAUGCCCUAAACUUUGAUUAAUUAUUAAACAAUUCAACUAAAA